AUGAACAAAUAUCGUAUCGAAUAUAGUAUAUAUUCGGAAAAGAUAAUUUCUAACAAGAUAUACUGUUUAUAUUCAAUUAACAAAGAACCAAAACGUUAUAGUGUAAGUUCGAUAUUAAUUAGAUACAGUUGUAUAAUUUUGAAGGUGGAUCAAGCCAAUUACAGUUUAUUAUACUUUAUUUGGUAA